UUUCGUUGCUUAUCACAAUCUCCUCCAGACACAGAAUGAAAUAUUAAGCCAUUAUGUGUUUUAAUCUGUAUAGUGUAUGGGAUCUAGGCUCAUCGUCCGUCUGCGUAACCCUGUGACCCAAUAUUCUACCAAGAGUAACCAAAUGAUGUGACGUUAUUUGUAUGCGAUAGUGAGGCAGAUUUAAAGUCCAUUUCAGCUGAUAUGAGCUGACAGUUGUAGAGACAUCUGAAGCUCAAGGCAAGUAUUUAGUAAGUUAUUAUGCGCAUACUUUUCUGGUGUGUUUUGCCAUCAAGUAGGAUUUGUGAUUAAUGAAUUUCAAGGCGCUCUUACUGGUACAAAAAUGUUUGUGUAUGAAUGAUAUAUGCACAAUUUUGUGGUUAUUUAAUGGAUAAAGCUCUGAACUGCUCAAAUAGCAUCUCCAGGAGAUGUAACCCAUGACCUCAGAGUUGAACAGUUUUGACCUACGGCCGCCUUUUUACAUGAAAAAUGCAAGAACGGUUAUGGAAAAUGUUUCGUGUGUUCAUAAUUCGCACGUUUAAGUACUUCCCAGUAAAUAGACUUGGUUUGUGUGUGUGAGAGAGAGAGAGUGGGUGAGAGAUACCCACUGUGUGGGGGAGUGUCGGCUGUCACCCGUCUCGAGAGCACGCGCGCAGUGUCGGACUCUCGCUGAAGUUUGUCCACGGAAUUAACGGCAGCAGCACGAGCGCGUUAAGCUGCGAGCGGAUUGUCCAUCGUCUCACCGGGAACAUGAAGUCGCCCUCCGCCACCGGUGAGUAGGGUACCUACAAUGACACUCCUGUUGUGUAUGCGCGCGUGCAUUCGCUUCUCUAAAAGUGAAAAGCAUUUUCCGUACGUCUAUCCGAUGGUUAUUCCGUUAAAUUGGUUUGUUGCAUUAUUAUAUAAGCUGCUUUAGCUUUUGCACACGCUUGCAUGUAUACGAUCUGAUCUUGUGUAAACUGUUGGCUACAUUUCGAGUCGCUGCAAACUGGUUUUCAUGUUAAUUGCAUUGAAACCACUAGACGCGCGCGCCAUUAUUUGUCCCCUAUGCGAACCGUUUCACCUUAACACUCGUAUGAAUCUCACGCAGUUGUGUUGUAAAUGGUUUUAUUUGGGAAACAACGCGUGAACCGUGCGUGAUCUAGUGGUGGGGUUUGUUAUAUUAGCUUGGGCAAUAAGAUGGAUCUAUUUCAAGUGACAUCUGAUGACACUGUUUACACUGAUGUUAUUGAAAAAAUCAAAGAUGCCUUAUUUAUGGCACACCUUUUCUGAAUUGGUGAUAUCAUGGUAAAUGGGAAUUAUGAACAGUAAAACAAUGCAUUAUUGGCAAGGCAAUGCGCGCAUAGACUAUAAUGCAUGGUUUGUCCAGAUGGUGUUAAAUGCGCUUAGCUUUCUGUAAGAGUCAUGAAUCUCUGUGUUUGUUUACCUGGGGGCAUUAGGGAUAUUAAAGUGACGCUUUAGUGUGUUUUUGAUUAUUUUUUAAUAGACUAGAGGUGUACGUGCCCUUACAGUCACUUUGACAGGUUUUGCAGAAUUGACGCACAGCUUUCAAUUAUGUCGCUGUCCAUGGUGCUGAAUGAAACGGAACGGUAUUUUCCCUAUACUUUUAAAAGGAUUCUCUCUCUCUCUCUCUCUCUCUCUCUCUGUAUUUUUGUCUCUGACACACACAGUCACACAUUGCCACUCUACUUUAAUAGAAAAUUGGAACGGGGCUCCAGAGCGCAUGCGCGUCUCCAGCGUGCGGAACGAGUCCUCCUCGAUGCAAAGCGACAAACUCCGCUCUCUUGCUCGUGAUAUUUCUGAACUUGGCCAGCAGGGCACUGCUGACACUUGCCACGACGCCAAUGACAUUGCCGAGGAUACGGAGGAGCCAGGUCCUGGGCCAGGAGGAGGGCUGUAUUUUGCAGAUGGCCAGAGAAGAGUGGACUAUGUUCUUGUCAAUCACGGCAAAAGACGAAAUACGCAACAUCGCCUAUCUGUCGUUUCUAAUGGUAAUGUGGCGUCUCAAAGCCCCACCCCUUCACGCAGGAGUACAAAGGGCGAUAUUACGGAGGCAGUGCUGGAGGCGGGGUUAGCGACGGAACCUGAUGAUGGACUGAAAGAUAAAAUCAGGGAGGAAUUCGAGAGAGGACUUCAAGAAGAAGGCUUGGAGAUCGAACGCGACAAAGAGUUGAGGACUGUCAAAUUCACUCGUCUACACGUUCCCUGGUCCGUUCUCAGCCGUGAAGCUGAACUUCUAAAGAUCAGAGUCCCCACUAAAAAGACGUAUCAGCUGAAAGAAAAGAAGGGGAUAGUGGGCGUAAUAAGCUCGUUUUGGGCCAAGAUCAAUCAGCCAUUCCAGCCGGGCGUUGCUGAGCCCCCAAACCCACGCGUACGUGUCCUAUCGCAGCCGUUCAGCCGAGACAAGUUACACCUAUUUGAUAUCAAGUCAAAGAGCAGCUUGUUCAGCAGUGCAAUAAGAGGUCGAAUUGUUUAUGAAAUUCUGCGGCGCACAGCUUGUACACAGUCCGGUCAAACUAUGGGCAUUUCUUCAUUGUUAGCUAAAGGGGUCUAUGAUGCCGCCUUCCCUCUACAUGAUGGUGACUUUGACAGCUCAGAAGAUAAAGAACAACGUAAUGACAGACAGAUGUUACAUGAGGAAUGGGCCAAUUAUGGAGUUUUCUUCAGAUACCAACCAAUGGACCUUAUCAGAAAGUACUUUGGGGAGAAGAUUGGCUUGUAUUUCGCCUGGUUGGGUGUUUACACUCAGCUGUUGAUUCCAGCCUCGGCUUUAGGAGUCGCAGUAUUUCUGUAUGGAUGCUUUACAGUAGACACCAAUGUGCCAAGUCAAGAGAUGUGUGAUGAGCGUCUUAAUUUCACCAUGUGUCCGCUGUGUGAUCGUGUGUGUGAUUACUGGCAGCUCAGCAGUAUCUGCAGUACGGCGCGUGUCAGCUAUCUGUUUGACAAUCACGCUACUGUCGCCUUUGCCAUUUUUAUGUCCCUCUGGGCGGCGGUGUUUUUAGAACAUUGGAAGCGGAAGCAGCGCUGUUUACAACACAGCUGGAAUCUGACAGGCAUGGAAGACGAAGAGAAUGAGCUUCGGCCAGCAUAUGAAGACUUUCUCCUUAAGAAACAACAAAAGAAGGCCAAGAAAAAGAAAAAAGAUGAGCCGGAUACGGGAACAGAUGACAAAGGAAGAGAGAAGCUCCUGACUGCGAAAGGAGGGCAGUCGCCGUUUGCCUCAGAGUCUCUAUCAUGGACGGACCGCUUGCCUGGGUUCUGCAUGAACAUAUCCUCCAUCCUUCUUAUGGUUGGGGUCACGUUCUCUGCCGUCUCUGGGGUGAUUCUGUACAGAAUCAUUGUUUUCGCUGUCAUGUCAAUGAACCCUGACCACGAGGCAAAGGCAAAUGUGCGAGUAACCGUGACGACAACAGCUGUCAUCAUCAAUUUGCUGGUGGUUUUGGUGCUGGAUGAGAUCUAUGGAGCCAUAGCGGUCUGGAUUACAGAGCUCGAGAUUCCAAAGACUGAAUCAACAUUUGAGGAGCAUGUGAUCUUAAAAGCUUUUCUGCUGAAAAGCAUGAAUGCAUUUGCUCCUGUCUUCUAUGUGGCGUUCUUUAAGGGCAGGUUUGCCGGUCGUCCGGGUGACUAUGUGUAUGUCUUUAAGGAUUUCCGCAUGGAGGAGUGUUCUCCAGGUGGCUGUCUCAUUGAAGUGUGUAUUCAGCUGGGCAUCAUUAUGCUGGGGAAGCAGCUUAUUCAAAAUAAUGUUUUCGAAAUUGCCAUUCCGAAGCUGAAGAAGAUGUAUCGCGUUUAUAAGGAAGAAAAAGAGGGAGCGGCGGAUGAGGAGGACAAAGAUUCCAAGCGAGAACCUCAGCGCUGGGAUUUGGAUUAUGAACUGGAGCCCUACGAGGGGUUGAGCCCAGAGUACAUGGAGAUGGUUAUUCAGUAUGGAUUUGUCACGCUCUUUGUGGCUUCCUUCCCGCUGGCACCGGUCUUCGCUCUGCUUAAUAACGUCAUUGAAAUCCGUCUUGAUGCGGCAAAAUUUGUCACGGAAAUACGCCGACCUGACGCCGUCAGUGCGAAAGAGAUUGGCAUAUGGUACAACAUCUUGAGUGGCAUCAGCAAGUUUGCAGUCAUUACAAAUGCAUUUGUGAUCUCCUUUACAUCAGAGUUUAUCCCACGGAUGGUGUAUCAAUAUUUGUAUAGCGAGACAGGCACCAUGCAUGGUUUUACCAAUCACACACUGGCUUAUUUCAACACGAGCAACUUUAAACCUGGAACCGCCACGCAUGACACAGACUUUGACCGACAACUCCGUAUUUGCAGGUACAAAGACUAUCGAGAUCCUCCUUGGUCUCCAGAGUCUUACCAGCUCUCUAAGCAAUACUGGUCUGUUCUUGCUGCACGACUGGCAUUUGUCAUUUUUUUCCAGAACCUGGCCAUGUUCCUCAGUAUGCUGGUGGCAUGGUUGAUCCCAGACGUGCCUCGCUCUCUGAAGGAGCAGCUGAAGAAGGAGAACGCGCUUCUGUUAGAACUUAUGCUCACCGAGGAGAUGGACAAGGAGUCACACUCAUCUUCGACUACCAACAUUGAUAAAGUUGUCCAAAGUUUGGACGAGGAGCCACCAGAUGAGUCAUCUGUCUGCAGGGGAGUACUGCUGAGCCAAUCAGAUGAAGAACUAAAAGAACUUCAGGAAGUGAAAGAGCCAGAGGAACAACCCUCAGGGACACCUAUAGCGUCCCCCGGUGAUCUGCGUGACGAUAGCUCUCCAUCUUGUUUCCGUGAGGCUCUCAACACAACUGCACAGUCUCUGUCUGAAAUACCCUGUCAAGUUGAAUCAGACCGUUUAAGCCAUUCUGUCCAUUCGGUCAAAACGGCCACGCUAUCCCGGUACCAAGAGUUCGACUUAAACGGAAGUCCAUCUGGAGACCCAAGUUCCAAGGCUAAGAGCCGUUGUCGAACCCUUCCCUCAAGGCACAAAGUCUCCAAGGAGGGUGCAGCUAGACCCAGCCACUCCACCACAUACACGCACUUCGACCAAAAGGUUCCUCCAUCUCCUAGUGAGUUUGCGCGGAACUACCCAAAAGCAUUGUCCAAAACCGAGCCCUCUGGGAGCCAAAUGUCCGUGCCGACACAUCUCCAAUCCCAACCCGAUUCCAAAGGAAUACAAUUGCCGUCCCCAUCAAAACCAGAGCACACAAUGACAGUACUUCCUCGUCCAUCAUCCAGACCGGAGCUGGCAGGCGGCCUUUUAACAGUCUUGCCACGUCCACCUUCUAAACCAGAGCUUGCAGGCAUCCAGUCAACAGGAUUACCACGGCCUCCCUCCAAACCGGAGCUGAUGGGGAUCCCAAUGAAAGGCCUUCUACCCCGUGAUCCAGGCUCCAAACCUAAGGGGCGUUGUCAGACUCUUCCUCCGAAAUACAGAGAGACUGCAGGGGAGACGUCAGCAAGACCUAGCCACUCCACCACCUUCACGCACCUGAAUGAACAGAUUCCCCCUUCACCCAGUGAGCUCCAACGUAACCCCCGUGUGUGAAUGUUGGAAACGUGGACAAGCGCUCCAUCUCUUUAGCACCUUGCAUUCAAAUCUCUCAGUGCCAGGCAACCCACGCCAUCAGCAACACACCUCUUAUUCAUCCAUUUCUCAUUGAUGACUACAUGACCGUCAUCAGUGAUUCUGGAGGAUUGUUGAUGGCUCGGUGGAGGUUCUUGUGAACGCUGACUGGGGAACCUCCUUGCUUGGAAUGAUUAAUACUUUACAGGGGGAAGCCAUGUUCAGCUUGUGCAUUCUGGGUAUUGCGAUAUUCUUUUGAAGCCACCUGAUGUGACUCUUAAACGUUGUCUUAUACUGUGACUUGCCAUUCUGUAUUUCACACACAAAUACCUGUACAGACGCACACACACACACAUCCAAUCUCAUUAACCCAACCUCUUGAACCAGAACCGCUGAGAUGAGAGAGGCUCGGGGAUGUGGGCCAAAGGGCUUUUCAGUCCAUACAGAUUUGUUAUUCAGCAAGUGGAACCUUCGUUUUGUGGUUUGUUGUUCUCUCGUUGGUUUUAAAUGUGAACACCACAGUUCACCUUCAAAAUGAGCCAAGUUGUUUGUGAAAUUGUCUGUUUGUCUUGGGUGUCAUUCGCAUUGGCAAGUUAGCAUGUAACUUGCUGCUUAUCAAGCUCAUUACAUAUAAAAUGUGAUGUUUAAGUGGAUUCAUAAGACAUGCAAAGCCAAUUACUUACUUAAGUGAAUGUUAGUUGCUUAUGAUUCUAAUGGCCAUACUGUAGUAUUUUACACAAUGUACAUUUAACAAUAUGCUAGCACAGCUUAAAUUCAUAGAAAGCAUGUUAUAUUCACUGUGAAUAUGUUUUCGGGGAAGAUAUAGACCCGGAUGGAAACAAAAAAGCCACAAUCCGUACUAAUGGAUGAUCAAAUGAAUGCAGACUAGCCUUGCGCACGCUGCAAAGAUUUAGCAAUGACACUACAUUUAUCUUUGGAAAUUGUACAGACUUAUACAUUCAUAAGUGCAAGAUGAGUCAUCAACAUCAUUGGUCCUUUUAUCUGGACAUAAAAGGCUGGAAAUUUAAAUAUGAUUAUGUCUGCAAUAAGUAUUAUGAACACACUUCAUGUGAAGACCACAUUAAUUAGAAGCCUCAAAUAUCGUCUUCAUGGGGUCUUUAUGCACUGAGUAAGAGCCAAUGUUAAGUGCAGUAAGCACGUGGCCGCCGUGUAUUCAGUUUUCCGUUCGUGUCAGGUGUGUAUGAUAAGCACUGUGCUACAAACCAGCUUUCACGUAGAACAUUCAUGUCUAUGUUAUUUCAAGAGGUAUUGAGAAACUUUGACAAUAUUUUGAUAAUAAAACCGGAAAAGGAAAAAAAGGAAAGGAAGUCUGUUACCUGUGAUUUGAUUUCUGAUGACUGCCACUAGAUGGAGACAGAAAACCCACACCUGAGACAGAGAGACAGCCAUCAAAAGAAACUGCUAAGAGUCUUGUCACUUGUGUGUGUGCAGGUGGAGUGACCGAGUUGUAUAUCUUUAAUAAGUAUAGAUAGCUGCUGUGUUUUAUUACAGCAUUUAGGUUUAAGUCUUGCGUAACAAAAAUGUCACAAGGGUUAAUGACCAGACUUUAAAACAUUCCACCAGGAUUUUUUUUAAUGUAUCAAAAGAGCUCCUGGAGUUUUUUAUCUUGAGCUUUUUAUUUCAUUAUGUUUCUACAGCAUUGUGAUAUUAUUGAAAACCAUACAAGAGUUGUUUUUGACUUCAU